CCCUUCUCUCCUGCCUCGGCUUCCUUCGCUCUCUUUCAGCCGCGGGCGGGUGGAGGCGAGGGGGGGAAGCGGGCCGCAGCGCCCGGGGAGGAGGAGGGGAGAGGCCGGGCGAGGAUGGCGUCGUGCGUGGGGAGCCGGACCCUGAGCAAGGACGAUGUGAACUACCGUCUGCACUUCCGCAUGAUCAACGAGCAGCAGGUGGAGGACAUCACGCUGGAGUUCUUCUACCGGCCUCACACCAUCACCCUGCUCAGCUUCACCACCCUCAGCCUCAUGGCCUUCGCAUUCACCAGGGAUGAUUCUACUCCGGAAGAUAAUAUUUGGAAAGGCAUCCUCUCUGUGAUUUUCUUCUUUCUAAUAAUCAGUGUAUUAGCUUUUCCAAAUGGGCCUUUUACUCGCCCACACCCUGCAAUAUGGCGCAUGGUUUUUGGCUUGAGUGUUCUCUAUUUUCUGUUUCUGGUAUUCCUGCUAUUUCUGAACUUUGAGCAGGUAAAAUCUGUGAUGUACUGGCUGGACCCCAAUCUCCGAUAUGCCACAAGAGAAGCAGACAUCAUGGAGUAUGCUGUGAACUGCCAUGUUAUCACUUGGGAGAGAAUCCUGAGCCAUUUUGAUAUAUUUGCUUUUGGGCAUUUCUGGGGCUGGGCAAUGAAAGCAUUGCUGAUCCGCAGCUAUGGGCUUUGUUGGACUAUUAGCAUCACUUGGGAACUCACAGAGCUGUUCUUCAUGCAUCUGCUGCCUAAUUUUGCUGAAUGCUGGUGGGAUCAAGUCAUUUUGGACAUCCUGCUAUGUAACGGGGGUGGCAUCUGGUUGGGCAUGGUAGUUUGUCGUUUCUUGGAGAUGAGGACCUAUCACUGGGCCAGUUUCAAGGAUAUCCACACAACCACAGGGAAAAUCAAAAGAGCUGUAUUACAAUUCACUCCGGCAAGCUGGACGUAUGUUCGCUGGUUUGAUCCCAAGUCUUCAUUUCAAAGAGUGGCUGGCGUAUAUCUUUUCAUGAUUAUCUGGCAGCUGACUGAAUUGAACACAUUUUUCUUGAAACACAUAUUUGUUUUCCAAGCGAGCCACCCUUUAAGCUGGGGUAGAAUCCUCUUCAUUGGUAUUAUCACAGCACCCACUGUGAGACAAUACUAUGCUUACCUCACAGACACACAGUGCAAAAGGGUAGGAACUCAGUGCUGGGUAUUUGGGGUAAUCGGUUUCCUUGAAGCGAUUGUCUGCAUCAAAUUCGGUCAAGACCUCUUCUCUAAAACACAAAUACUAUACGUUAUUCUGUGGCUCAUAUGUGUGGCUAUUACAACUUUCCUGUGUUUAUAUGGAAUGGUUUGGUAUGCAGACCGCUAUGGACAGAGAGAAAAGACUCUGUCGGAAAGCGAAGACAGUUCGUACAUCCCAGAUGCUUCCUGGCUAAACUCUAAGUUCACUAGAGGAAUGGAAGACAGUCCACCUAAAUAUGCCAGCAACAGUGAGGGCCAUUCGUCUAGGAGGAGGAACCGGCAUUCAAAAACAAAAGUGACCAAUGGGAUUGGCAAGAGAUAGAAUGACAGCUUCCAGAUUUGUUCCGGAAGUGUGCCUGAGAGCAAAGAAAACUAAACCGAGUCUGGUUCUGAAUAACCUGCUUGAAGGUUGACAAGAGAAGAGGAGGAGAUGGAAGGGGAUGACAUCUUCAGCAACCAGAAGCCUAGAACCUUGUUUAAGAUGGAGCUCACCUGUGUAUUGCAAAUCAUUAGCUGCUGUCACUUUGCCAUUCACUGGAUUAAAUUUAACCUCUUCUGCACUUGACUCUCAAGUCAGAACUAAGACAAAAAAGGCUUUGUGUUCUAAUCUUGUUCAGGUAGUGCAAAUGCCUUCUUUAGUUGAGGAUGAUAACCCAAAAUGAACAGGCAGCCACUGGGGUUGGCUCAGUUGCUUUUGUGAUGGGUUCUCAAAAACUCUGUUUCAUAUCUCGUUUUGUUGUUGUUGAGCAGGAUGUUUUGGUUGAAAGAUUCUCUGCCCAUGUUCUCAAUCAGUCAGCUGAAUCUUUUUGCACUUUGCUUUAAAAAAAAACAAUCAGCAGGGUGUCAUAAAGUAUUGAAGUGUGCACUGGUGGAUUUAUACAGUUAACUGUACCUUUUCUAACUGAACCAAAUGUUCAUCAUGUUCACUUCCAUCUCAGAUGCUCAUAAAAUUCUAUUAUACAAUAACAGCAGCGUCUGCCAUUCCAGAGACGCAUAUAUAGCUUCAUCUGCCCAUAUGGUUACAUCUUAAAAAAUAAUAAUUGCCAGUAUCUUCAGUGUUUUUUAAAUGUUUUCUCAUCUAUUCAGCUACACCAUGCUUUUCAGACAGAUUCCUUUUGAUAGGCCAACAGCAAUGAAAUGAUCCCCAUUUUAAAGGAAAGGUUCUGCUGAAGCCUAUGAAGACAGCUUAUUUGGCAGCAUUGCUAGGGUCUCUCCUUUUUGUUGCUCUUUUGUUAAGUGUAAUCAUUUAUACAAACUUACUCUGCCUAUUUUUGACUGGCUUAUGGGGUCAGUUUUACAGUACUGUCCCCCUGUCUCAAAAAAAAUAAUCAAACAGUAUUUAAUUAUGAAGUUCACUAAACUGGGUAAUUCCCAAGAAAACAAUAAAUCUUCUAAUUUAA